CAGCCAGCGUGACCAAUCACACGGCCCGUAUAGCGGCUGGAGAUGAAAGCCUUUGGGAGGAGGAGGAGGAGGGGGAGGUGGAGAAGGAGGAGGAGGAGGGUGUCACUCUACAGCUGUAUGAUAAUGAGGCUGAGCUGAAGCCUGUCGGGAAAAUAACCGCACACACCACGACAUAUGUCCACACCUACAAACAAACCCGCAAGCCCCAAACACUGCUGGCAGAUCAGGUUUCCCUUGUUGUCACUUUGUCCGCUCUCUUCUUCUUGACGCCGUUAUGUGGACGGAUGUCUCCUUUUUGGACGAAUCGGAGCCCCCACCACCCAAAAGAGACACAUAAAGCCGAGGCACGUGUAGAUUUCUAUACAAACUCAUCAGACCGUAAAAGCAGGAGGCUCCUGGCGUGUGCCCGGGUCGAGACGAGGAGGAGGAGGAGGAGGCGGAGGAGAGAGAGAGUGUGUGUGGAGUGUGUGUGUGUGUAAAGGGGGGUGGAUGGGGGGGCGAAAUACAAUAAAACCCUCAGGUACAUCUGCUUUGCAAUCUGCAAAUCCUCCCUCCAUCACCCCCCUCCUCCUCCUCCUCCUCCCCUCCACCAGCCUCUCCAUCCUCCCACACCCACUCUCCAAAUCCACGGGGGACCUCGGCUCCUUCUGAUUGGUCGGGGAUGAGGCAACAAGGGGGGGACGGGAACAAUGUCAUCAUGUCGCCUUAAAAAGAGUGCAGCUAUGUUGUGGUGAAAGCACCUCGGGAGGAGAACAGAGGAUCAGUAGCAGGAGGACGCGACAACAAAAAGACGCAUCAGAUGUUCCUGUCAGCGAGCGGCUGAAAGUGGAUUUUCCCUCUUCUUUCUCCAGCGGCGUCCAAAAGUGCCUUCAGCUCUCCGUCCAGCGCCAACAUGCCGAGGGGAUUUUUGGUGAAAAGGAACAAGAAACCCAACCCGGUCUCCUACCGGGUCCGCUCCGACGAGGAGGAAGCGGAACAAGCAGCGGCUGAUGCGCCGCCGCUGCCGCCGCCGCCGCCGCCGUGCUCCUCUGCGCCUCUCGCCUCCGUCCCGGUGCGCGCACAGACGCCGACGCCCACCUGCGGGGCGGCGGCCACGGCCCCGGAGCAUGAAGCCAAACCGGUGCAGUUUGGAAACCCGGAGGCGGUGUACCAGGCGCUCUACAGCCCCACCCGCCCCGUCAGCCAGGACCACGACCGCUCCUACUUCGAGAGGCGCUUCAACCUCGGCUCCCCGGUGUCUGCAGAGUCCUUCCCCACGCCAGCAGCGCUCACAGCUUUGGAUCAUCUGUUCGCCCCGGUGGACCUGAAAAUCGGCUCCAGCAAGAGCAACCGCAACGAGGCCACCGGCGCCCCAUCCACCGCGACGCUCCCCACCGCCGCCGGGACCAAGCGACCCUCCGGCGACGCGGAGCGCAAGAGCAAGCCGCCCUCCAAGAAAACCAAAGCUAUCCGGAAACUGCACUUUGAGGAUGAUGUCACCACAUCUCCGGUCCUCGGGCUCAAGAUUAAAGAGGCGCCGGUGGACCAGAAGCCUCCCAGACCGCACUCGUCCGGGGGGGACAACAACCCGCUGGGCGAGUUCGUGUGCCAGCUGUGCCGGGAGGCGUACGCAGACCCGUUCGCUCUGGCGCAGCACAAGUGCUCCAGGAUAGUCCGGGUCGAGUACAGGUGUCCCGAGUGUGACAAGGUGUUCAGCUGCCCGGCUAACCUCGCCUCUCACCGGCGGUGGCACAAGCCGAAGCCUCAGAGCGCAGCUGCCGGGGCGCAAAACUUGGAGAGCGACAAGGCGACCGCGUCCGGGAAGAGCGCGCCGGAUGAAGCGAAGGACUCUAGUGACAGGGACACACCCAGCCCCGGGCCGUCCGAGUCCGGCUCCGAGGAGGGGCUGUACGAUUGUAACCACUGUGGGAAAAAGUUUAAGCGCCAGGCGUACCUGCGGAAGCACCUGGCGUCCCAGCACGGCUCCCCAAAAGCGGCGGAGGACGAGGACGCGCCGGCGUGCGAGCAGAGCGCGGCGCCGCUGAACCUGAGCGCCUCCACCUGCCACCCGUGUCCAGUCUGCGGGGAGAACUUUUCCAACAGGGGCGGCCAGGAGCGGCACAUCCGCCUGCUGCACUCCUCGCAGGUGUACCCGUGCAAGUACUGCCCCGCCAUCUUUUACAGCUCCCCGGGACUCACCAGACACAUCAACAAAUGCCACCCGUCCGAGAACCGGCAGGUGAUCCUGCUACAGAUGCCGCUGCGCCCCGCCUGCUGAUCCUGACUCCAGGCUUUCACGCUGAUCACACAGUCCAGCCUCGUUUCUGGGUGGAAUUUUAGGGGACUGCAAACAUAUCCAACUUAUUUAGAUUUUUUAAAAAGUUUGGCAUCCUAAAAAAAUAAAAAAUAAAAAAUCAAGUGAAACAUAGAUGGCACUUUGGUGACAAGCUGUAACUUUUGGCUGAUAAGAGUGAUUUAGUUUUGCUCUUGGCUCAGUUAUUUGGAUAAGAAAUCACCAAAUACUGACAUUUUCCUCUCAUUUGAAGAAUUCUGAGACCCUGAACUGCUGAAAUUUGUCUCAAUUUUAAAUGUUAAUUUAUGAUAAAUGCACAAAUCAUUAAAGAAUAAAGAGGAAUCAUCAUAUUCCCCCCGGCUACCGCCUUUUCUAGACAAAUCCAGAGGGAAAAGGAGAUUUUUGCAGCAUAACCUAAUCUGACUCACACCUGCACCAGUUUGUAGAGGUCAGAGGUCAGCCGCUCACCUGCAGCUGGCAGGGAUUCAGUGCCUUGCUCAAGGACACUUCAGCAAGUUCUGGGUGUGUGUUUGAACCCUCCCCCGGCCUACAGCCCCCUCCCUCCCCCUCCAACCCCCCCCCCAAACUUCUUAAAGGAUCUCUGACGUCAUACUCCACACACUUAAAGCGUUAGACUGUUAAUUUAUUUUUCUAGCAUCUCUGCACAAGUGCUAUUAGCUUCUAGACCUAAGAGAGGGGACGACCUGUAGCUAAUAAAAAGCAGAAAAAUCACAGGCCUGUAAGGAACCUUAUCUCAUCACUCUGAUUAGCUUUAACAUAGCUUGUGGAUCCGUGGAUCAGUAGCUGUCGCCUGAAAACAACAAAAAAAAAAGAGUAAAAAACUAGUGUAGCCGGUACUGCCUUUGGAUUAGAAACUCCUGCUGUAAAACUGCCUUAAACUGAACUGAUCUGAUUGUUUUUUGUUUUGUUUUUUUUGUUUUUUUUUUACAUUUUUUUUAAAUCACUUAUUUAUCACUGGCUGGGUUAAAUAUGAUUAUUGUUUUGUUUUUGUUUUUUUACAAAGCCUUCUGUAUUAUCACUAUACAGUAUAUCUGACUCUCUGUUUUUUCUCUUCUAUUUAUUUAUGUAUUUAUUAAAUUAUUUGUGUAAAUUAUUGCUCUGUGUGCUCUCUGAUGUGAUCUGUUGCUGUGUUUUUUUUAUCAUGAUGUAGCCAAAUUUAUUUUUCUUUAACUUAUAUCAGAAGUGAGCACGGUGUGUUCAAGCGACAUUAUAGCAAUCGAUGGGUUUCAUCUGCCCAUCUGCUCUUGAAUAAAAACUUAAUAAUGCAAUCAUGAUUUUAUUUCUUUAUUUGUAUUUUUUUUUUCUUUCUUUUUUUUUUGUUCAGGUUUCUUUGUAACCGUUAGCUCUUAUACUGCUUUUGGAUGUUUCUGCAGUAUUUUGCUAAAUGUCCAAAAAUAAUAAAAACCAA